AUUAUUUAUUACGUACUAUUAUCAUUAUUAAAAUAUUAUUGAUAUUUUAAUUGUUUUAAAUUUUUAACUUACCACUGCCCGUAGUCCGAUAAAUAUCGUUUGAAAAAAAUGUUUUUCUUCUGUUUUUUUCUUUUUUAAUGAAGAAACGGUAGGAGAUUGCCUAUAUUGAUGGAAUAUUUUAAAAGUGGCUUAAAAACGGUGCUCGGUACGCCCGUCGUCGAAGACCAGCCAUCCGGUGCCGAUAUUGUUGAGCGUUUGGUGGAUCGAGUUCAACAUUCCACGUUGCUGGCAGACAGACGUGAUGCAUGCAGGGCACUUAGGGCACUAUCACGAAAAUACCGCAUUGAAGUGGGUGCAAAAGGAAUGGAUGCCUUGUGUCUAGUGUUACAGCAAGACCGUGCUGACGCUGAAAUAGCUAGCUAUGCUUUGGACACUUUAAGACUCAUUAUGCAUAAUGAGAUCUAUGAAGAAGAAGAAAUUCCUGAUGUAACUGCAAAAGAUUCGCAUAAAUUGGGUGAACGUUUUACAGAAAUAUUCAUUAAAAAAAAAGAAAAUGUUGGAUUGGUUUUGGAUUAUCUAGAGGAAUUUGAUUUUCAUGUACGGUGGCCAGCUCUUCAGUUACUGUUACUAUUGUUAACAAAUAAGGCUAAAGACGUGCAAGAAAUGAUUUUGGUCAGUCCAAUGGGAGUUUCCAAACUAAUUGACAUGUUGAGUGACAGCCGGGAAGUAAUUCGAAAUAACUCGGUUCUUUUGUUAACACUAUUGACAAAAAGCAAUGCUAAUAUUCAAAAGAUAUUAGCUUUUGAAAAUGCUUUUGAUAGACUAUUUGAUGUUAUACAAGAAGAAGGUAAUGCAGAUGGAGGAAUUGUCGUUCAAGACUGUCUAAACUUAAUGUUGACUUUAUUAAGAAAUAAUAUUUCGACUCAAAAUUUCUUCAAAGAAGGUAAUUUUAUAUCACGAAUAUUGCCCCUUUUACAAUUGCCUCUUAUUGAUGAGUGGCCCGUUCAGAGAAUAAACAAUGUGCAUUCAGUUCUUCAAAUCAUACGUACACUAGUGUCGCCAACUAACCCAGCUCAAGCUACUUCUUCAUGCCAACAAGCCAUGUAUACAUCUGGAAUUCUAAAAGCAAUAUGUGAUUUGUUGAUUGCCACUGGUGUGCCCCGUAAUCCAUUAACUGAAGCCAUAUAUACUGUUGCGGAACUUAUACGUGGGCACAACGAUAAUCAAUCAUUUCUUGAAUCAGUAAAGUCCAAUGAAAAUCCACCAAAGGAUAUUUUGCUAUUAUUGUUAUGUACAAUGUUAAGCGAUAAGCAGCCAUUUGAUAUGCGCUGUGCGGUGUUGUACGUUUUUCAGUGUUACUUGUACAGAAAUGAUUUUGGAAAAAUGAAAAUUGUACACAAACUAUUGCCAUUGGAAAAAGAAGUAACUGAAACUUGCAUCAGCCAUCUUCUUUGUCGAGGUUUGUUCAACAAGGAACCUUUGAACAGCUGGUUCUCAGCAGUGGCACUUUCAUAUGCUCUUAUUGACAAUCCAGAGGGUAAGGAAAAGCUGCUGAAUGUCAAGUUGUCGUCCAAUGAUAAUAAUGAGCCACCAACAUUACUGCAACAGAUAGUUAUUUCCAUCCAAACAAAUGAUAAAGCACAGUGUAAAAUUGGAUAUUUGAUGUUUUUGUCUACUUGGUUUGCUCAUUGUUCACUGGCUGUCGAAAGUUUCUUGAAAAUUAAUUCAGGCAUACCAUACUUUAUAACUCAGACGAAUCGUCUAGAGAACGAAGAGAUCGAAGAAAUCGUCAGCGGUUUGAGCACGUUUGUGAUGGGUAUAUGCUUAGCGUUCAAUCCUGAUACGGUGGAAAAUUUCAAAAAAGACAGCCUAAGACAUUUGAUUACCAAACGGAUAGGCAUAGAAACGUUUGUGGAUAAAUUAAACGAUGUGUCUCGAAACGAAUCGUACACCAGAGCCAGCAAACACCCGCAACCGACGGCCCAAGACUCAAAUACUCUAUUAUUGGAUUACGAGUUUUGCAAGUUGUUUAAAAUGCUCGAAGGAAUGAUCAUGAGAGCGCUGAACACGCUUCCCGGCCAGGACGAUAGCGAAAAAUUGGUGACCAAUCAAAAACAAAUCGAAGAGCUCAACGCCACCGUGGACGGCCUGAAAAACGAAUUGACUGAGAAGACCAACCGGAUCGAGGAACUGUGCAGGCUGGCUAACGAUUUCCGGGACGACACGGAUCGUAUAAAAACCGAAUUGUUUAGACUCCAGGAAAAUCACAUGUCGCUCAUACAAGCUUACCAGCUGAAAGAAAAUGAACUGGAAUCGUACAGACGUUUACUAGAAAUGCACGGGAUUUGGCAGACCGAAAAUCCGGCCGUCAAUCAGCAGCAGGAACCAAUACCAAUGGUCAAUUCGAUGGCGAUCGCGGGAGGACUGCCGCCAUUGCAACAACAGCUACCGUACGAAGAAGGUACAACGGCACACCAACAGACGCUCGAGGAGUCAUUUAGGAACGAUUUAAACGUCUAAAAAGUCGACGGGCGCCACUGUACUUUACACGAAUGUUCCCCACCCGUAAACGAGUAUUACCUAUAAACCAUGUAUGUAUAUUGUACUUGUCACGAUGUCGACUACCAUGAUCUUGUACACGUGACCACGUAUAUCUUACCAAAAAUCUAAAAUUUAUAUGAUUAA